UGUUUCGAUCUGGCAACGCUAUCAACAAAAAUGGUCAUUGCGUUUUUGUUUACAAAUUUUAUAACAUCCCUAAAAUCUUAAUUAUUGAAGUUUUACUAACUAUUAGUUAAGGAAAUAAAUUCCAACUGAUGCUGCGUCCUUUGGUCAACGCCGGCGGCCUGUUGCGGCGUUUCUAUGGAACGAAACUAAGCGAUCAUCAGGCGGCAUUGAUGGCCCGCGGAUUACCCAAGCGGGAGCCCAUUAGCGGCGUCCAGGACAUCAUUGUGGUGGCCUCCGGCAAGGGCGGCGUGGGAAAGAGCACCGUCGCCGCAAAUUUCGCCUGCAGCCUGGCCAGCUUGGGGAAACGUGUGGGUCUCCUGGAUGCGGAUAUCUUUGGUCCCAGCAUACCGCUGCUGAUGAAUGUGCACAGCGAGCCGUUGGUGAACGAUCGCAAUAAUCUGAUGAUUCCGCCGCAGAACUACAAUGUCAAGUGCCUGUCGAUGGGCAUGUUAACACCACCGGAUGGCUCUAUUAUUUGGCGCGGCCCCUUGGUCAUGUCUGCCGUUCAGCGUCUGUUGAAGGGCGCCGAAUGGGGACCACUGGAUGUUCUCGUUGUGGACACACCACCGGGCACAGGCGAUGUACAUUUGUCGCUGUCCCAGCAUGCACCCAUCACGGGCGUCAUUUUGGUAACUACACCACAUACGGCAGCCGUUCAGGUGACCGUUCGCGGUGCCAAAAUGUACGAAAAGCUGGGUGUACCCAUUUUCGGUCUGGUGGAGAAUAUGCGUUACUCCAUUUGCCAGAGUUGCAACGAACGCAUGGAGUUCUUCAAGGACAGCACUUGCACCCGCUCCCAGGAGGCACUUCCGCGCAAGCUCAUCUCCCUGCCCCUUGAUCCCCACAUAGCCGAGUGCUGUGAGAUCGGUGUACCCGUGGUCAUCAAGCAUCCCGACAGCGAGUACUCCAAACUCUUCACUCAGCUGGCUGGUGACAUUUCGAAUAUUCUGGAAAAGCAGCCAAAGGAUAAGGCAACGAGUGAUGGCAACUCUUGAGGCUGUCACUAAAUAUUUGUGUAUGUAAGUUGUUAAAGCUUUUG